UGGCAGACUGAUUACUAGUUGAACUGUGGCAGACUGAUUACUAUAAGAAGGAACAAUCCUACAAUACCAUGACCAGAUAAUUUUCCUAUGGCACUGGUUUCGAAGUUUGGAACCUCAAUCAGGUGGUACGAGAAAAAUGCUUCUCCAGAGGAGAUCAAGCUACUUUUCAAACUCGACCUUCUGAUCUUGACUUAUGCUUCACUUUCUUUCUUCACAAAAUUCUUAGAUGUGUCUGCACUCAACAAUGCCUACGUUUCGGGAAUGAAGGAAGAUAUUGGUCUUAAAGGCAAUGAUCUGAACUACGUGAAUGCUGUAUAUGAAUCGUGCUAUUGUGUUUUUCAGAUUCCAAUCAAUCUCCUUCUUACCAGAUAUCCAUCUUCGGUCAUUCUUCCAAUAUCCGAAUUCUGUUGGGGCAUAGCCACUUUAGGUACAGCUUUUGUUACUAAUGUGCAGCAGCUGAUGGCCUGCCGUGGACUUCUGGGUCUUUUUGCAGCUUCCAACUAUGUGGGUUCUGUGUACAUUAUUUCUUCCUGGUAUAAGAAAUCAGAAAGAGGCAAAAGAAUGGCUCUUUUCUGGAUAGCAAACCCUAUCGGCACUGCAGUCGGUGGGUGGCUUGAAGCCGCAAUUUACAAAAAUCACCAUCUAGCUCUUGAAAGCUGGAGAGUUUUGUUCAUUGUUUGCUCUUGUAUCACAAUUUUUGUUUCCUUAUACGGCAUGCUUGCAUUGCCCAAUCUUCCACAUGAUAUAAGAUCGAGGUUUCUCUCCGAGGACGAAAAGCAGCUAGCCAAAGAUCGAACCACUGAAGAAAAUAUACAAACGCAGCGCACAAAGCUUGGUUGGAAAUCAUUCAGAACACUGCUGUUUAAUUGGCAGCCACCGUUGAUGGCUUUCCUUAUUUUCUGCCAGGUGUUUUCAUACUACCCGACCGGUACUCCGUUUACCUUAUGGCUGAAAAGUAGAAACGAGCUUUCUGUGCCUCAGGUGAACAACAUUCCCACUGGGGGCAAUGCCCUUUCACUGGUGUCCGCCUUGGCUCAAGCAUGGUACGCCGACACCUUUAAUGAUAGGUUGUCUCCAUAUAUUUUCUCCUCGGUUUGCGCUGGUAUUGGCGCCGCAAUACUGGUAUCUCACCAUGUUUCCGAAAAUGCAACCUAUUUUGCCUUUUUCGCUAUGUUUGCUUCACAUGGUGUGGCGCCAAACUGGCAAGCGUGGGUCGGUGAUGUUACAGCUUCAAACUCUGAGUUACGGGCUUAUGCAAUUGCUGCUGGAAAUGUUGCCUCGGAGGUUGGAUCACUGGUGGUCCCUCUAAUAGUCUUCCAGGUUAGACAAGCUCCCGAGUUCAGAGCAGGUUUCAUAUUCAGUCUGGUAUCUUGUGUUUGCGAGGCCAUAGCAGCAAUCUGUGUAUACUACCUUUCCAAGAAAGAAGGAAAGAUACCACUGGAGGAAAUACUUGUUGUCGAACUGGAAAAGGGAGCAAGUGAUGAAUAACACUAGUGUAAUUUUUUCGGUGGUGGAGGAUUUUAAUGUUAAAAUAUAUU